CUAUGAUCCAACACCUAGAAGUUAUUCUCAUACAAAUACAGUUCAUCGCAAAUCGCAUCUACUUAUCCUACCUACUAUUUCGUCGAACCACCGUUUUAAACGACGCUAGUAUACUGAAUUUUUUAACUCUAUCGCACUUCGCGUCUAUUCAUACUGAGUUUGUCACGUCUCCUAGCAACGUGUUAGCUCGAGUCCGUCGCGACUUCCACGACUUCAAGUGGACUUUACUAAAAACUAGGCGCUCCUACCAAGAUGGCGUCUCCUCCACACGCCUUUUCACCUGCGGGUUCUCCACCGUAUUCCAGCGUGCCAUUACCAUCGAAGAAGCGCGGCUCUACGAGUGCUGAUCUUUCAGUCCAACCUUCCUCGAUUAAGCGACGUAAGCAAUCUAUUAUGUCAACAGCCUCUACUGGCUCAGCCCAUCCUCUUCGACAAACAUCAUUCCCACCAGACGAAUCACAAACCCGACCUUAUUCGCCCUCGUUCCAGCGAUCCCCUAGUAUGGAUAACGUGAGCUUCGUUAGCGGAAGUCAAGUGAGCGGCGCGCCUGCCAAGAAGAAGCGAGGCAGGAAGUCGAAAGCAGAGCGCGCAAGUGAAGCGGCUGCUGAAGCUAUGCGAUAUGGAUCCCCAAGUGUCGCAGGAGGUCGCGCGCCAACCGUACUGAGCAAUGUUAGUGGCAAUAAUGCCGGGAAGGACGGCGACGCCGACAAGGAGAAAGAAGAGGAAUUUGAGAUGCCAGAGAACAUGGCUAGCAUGUCUACUGCUCGUACGCAGGAGCAGCUUCAAGAACAGGAGGAGCUCAACUCAUUCGUGAAAUCUCAAAUGGACCCCUCGCAAUUCGCCCGGUAUGAGGUCUGGCAUCGCCAAACCCUAAAACCUCAAGACGUGAAGAGACACAUCAACAGUGUCACAUCGCAAUCAUGUCCGGUCAAUGUGCAUCAGAUGAUGCAAUCCGUCUUGAAGCAAUAUAUUGGAGAUAUCGUCGAGGGAGCGCGAGAGGUCCAGGAGGAAUGGGUAGCCCUAGGCGAGAAACAGACCGAUCUACCCAAUGACGAACUACAGCCUAUGAACGAACUAUCACAGUACCGCAGAGUAGCUCCUUUACGACCCGACCACCUCCGAGAAGCGUACCGACGCCACAGGGUCGCGGGAGAACACGGCGGAUCGAUGGGAAGCCUGAUUUUCUGGAAUCAGCAAACACAAAACGGAUCCGAACGGUUUGCGGUGAAAGCUGGAGGUCGCCGCAUUUUCAAAUAAGUACCGUCAUUCCGAGAACCCGUUUGGCCGAAGCCAUGGGUGCGAUAAGAUUUCUACGCCCUUGAAUAAGAGCGCCCGUCUAAAAAGAUGAAAGACGCUAUACCGUCCAGCCGAUAUUGUUGUAUUGUGAAACAGAACCCUCGCAUCGCAAUUCCGACUACCUCGACUUUUACUAUACGCGAAGUGUUGUCAUACACUUCUUCAUUGAUACCCAAAGCAAACUUGAUUUUGCAAUACCGUCAUAAUGGCUCGUUCAAGGCCGCCAUACUGAGUUGGAACCGUCGGUCAACAUGCCCGUAUGAAGUCUUAUUCACGGCUUUAUACGCGGCCUUGACUUCUGAGGAUUUUCUUGGUGUAGGAAAUAUCCACAAAGGGGACCAAAAACUCAUCCUAAUAAAGUGGCUUGCUGCGUUCUAUGUGUCCAGAAAGCACAACUCCUUCAGACGCGUCUACUCCGAUUGCUGUAGCUUCUAUAGGCUUUAGCCACUGCUGGCGAAAAGCUCUGAGUGCAUUCAAUGAGAUAGCCAAUUAUGAAAACGAGUUGCCUUAGCCAUA